AUGGGGGCGCUCGCUCAAUCGACGGGAGCCAAAGUGCUGAUGGUCCGUAAGCGUCUGGCACCCCAGCGCCCCUUUCCCGCCGCUUUGCUUGAUGCGUUCCAAGCCUAUCUGGCGCUGCUGCCUUCGCCUCCUGGGUCCCUGCACAAGUCCGUACUGCCCUCGUCGAUUGUCGUGGCGGACGACGGUGCCGGUACCUGCCUCGCCAUGGGUCUCCUGCAGGUGCUUCUCCAGCUUCAACGCUGCAAGACCGUGCAGCCGGCAAUUCCAGCCGGAGUGACCCUGCUGAGCCCCACUUCUGAUCCCACCGAUUUGUCCCUCUCUUUUGAGCGCAACCAAGCACAAGGACGUUUUCCCAGUGUCGUUCGAGAAAGUACGGCACCUCGAGCCGGUGAUCCCCCCCUGUGCGAUCUAGCCCACGCGUCCGCCGCGCGCCAACGUCUACAGCGAAGCAGGCAUGUUGGCACGCCCGCUCGCAUCCCCUGUAGCAGCGGAGGACUGAACCAGAUCCUGGCCUUAAUGGAUUGCAUCGGGGGGAGAGCAGAUUUGUCGAGACUAGUCGCGCAGCUUGCCCACUCGCAGGGUGAUGAGAAGCUCCCACAUACUUUCUUCUGGUUUUUCCGUCAUGCACCGCAGACAAAGCGGAUUCUGGCCGGUUGGGCGCAGGCCAUUCUGGCCUUCGGUAGAAGUGAAACGCCAUCCAUCCAUACCCGCGGCUUGAUCAUUGAGCCCAUGGAUAUCGAAAACCCUGGUGCCCUAUACAUUGGCCGAGGCGAGGGAGAUGACGUGGGAGAAGACUUUUGCAUACAAGAUCCCCCGCUCCCAUUGGGAUCUUCAAUCAUCGUUGUGAUGCAUACGGUGAUAGCCUUUAUAUAA